AUUUCCACUCUUUCAAUACUUUUAAUUUCUCUACCUUUAACUGCCCAAAAGAUUCUCAAAUCGUUUUCUUUCUUCAUCUCCUUCUUGCUUCUAUCUAUAUAUCCAGAAAACUUUCUGGGCUCUUUUUUUUUCUUCUUAUUUUUUGUUCUUGAAUCGUUAAACUAUAAAAGUAUACAAAUACAUAUAAUAGAUACACUGUUACAUAGUCAUAUGGCGAUUGUGGUGGAAGAAGGCAUGGUGUUGAAUCAUGGAGGUGAAGAGCUUGUUGAUAUGCCACCUGGAUUCAGGUUUCAUCCAACAGAUGAAGAGCUCAUAACGUGCUAUCUCAAAGAGAAGGUCUUAGACAGCCGUUUCACGGCUGUGGCUAUGGGAGAGGCCGAUCUCAACAAGUGCGAGCCCUGGGAUUUGCAAAAGAGGGCAAAGAUGGGGGAGAAAGAAUUAUACUUCUUCUGUCAAAGGGACAGGAAGUACCCGACCGGGCUAAGGACGAACCGUGCCACCGAGUCCGGGUAUUGGAAAGCGACCGGGAAGGACAAGGCGAUCUUCAAAGGCAAAGGUUGUCUCGUUGGGAUGAAGAAAACACUUGUGUUUUAUAGAGGAAGAGCUCCACGAGGUGAAAAGACUAAUUGGGUCAUGCAUGAGUAUCGUCUUGAAGGCAAAUAUUCUUAUCACAAUCUCCCCAAAUCCGCAAGGGACGAGUGGGUCGUGUGUAGGGUUUUUCACAAGAACAAUCCUGCUACGACAACCCAACAAAUGAUGAGAAUACCCCGUGAAGAUCUCACAAGAAUGGAUUCUCUAGAUAACAUUGACCAUCUCCUAGACUUCUCAUCUCUUCCUCCCCUCAUGGAUCCGAGUUUCACGGGCCAACCUGAACAACACAACUUCAAACCCAUCAACCCUCCAACCUACGACAUCUCAUCACCAAUCCAACCUCAUCACUUCAACUCUAGUUACCAAUCAAUCUUUGACCACCAGGGUUUUGGUUCUGCUUCUGGUUCCGGUUCUUCAUAUAACAACAACAAGGAGAUGAUCAAGAUGGAGCACUCGCUUGUUAGUGUAUCUCAAGAAACCUGCCUGAGCUCAGAUGUGAAUGCAGCCACGACCACGGAGGUAUCUUCGGUUCCGGCAAUGAAGCAAGAGAUGAGUAUGAUGGGAGUGAUGAAUGGUAGCAAGUCUUAUGAUGAUCUAUGUGACUUAAGAGGGAUCUUAUGGGACUACUGAUUAGAUUUAGUCGGGGAGAAUUACAGCUAAUUAAUGAUUUAAUUGUGAUUAAAGAGUGUAUUCGUUGGGUUUUAAAUUAAUUUAUGUAGUUAAUACAUUACAUAUAUAGGAUUUGCUAAGGGGUUAAUCCUAUAUAUUAUUUUCGCUUCAUUGAUCUUGUUUAGUUGGUUGUGUAAUUAGUUUAUAGUGUGGAGAAAAAAAUGAAAAAAAAAGAUUGGGAUCAUUUGGGAUUUUUAGUGCUUAGGUAAUAUAUUCUCAAUGUACACUGUAAUAUACAUAUAAGUAUUUUUCCUAUAUUCAUACUUCUUAUAGAGUAUCAAUUACCAAGAUUUACAAACUACUUCAUCCGUUUCAUAAUGUUAUAGUAUAUUUUAGAAAAAAAAAUAUUUUUAAAAGAUACAUUUUUUUGUAUUUUCAAUGCAUAUUUUGUAACUAACAAUGAUUAAUUACAAAUUUAAAAAAAUUAAUUGCAUCUAUUGGAUUAUUAUUUUUUAGAUUUAUAGGAAAAAAUAAUAACAAAACACUAUAAAUUUAUUUUGUAUUUUAUUAAAAUGUGUGAAAAAUCUAAAAGAUGCAUCAUAUCGAAACAAAUGAAGUAUAUUCUAUGUUCUUAGUUAAUUUUGAUAUCCUAAGACAAUUUCAAACCCAAGUAGAGAUACAAAUGAAAAUGAUAAUAGCUAUGUGAAUGUUAUGUAUUUUUGUUUACAGUUGUUAUCAGUAGUGUAGAUAUAUAUGGUUUUAGGUUUACUAUUUGCAUCGCUUAUAAUCAUAAUCAACCUAAUUUUUUGAGAAAUGUUUUUGUCAACCUAAUUUAGCAUUAUGUAUUUGUUUUUGAAAAAAAAUAUGCUAAAAUAGACUCUCUUUUUGUUUGAGAAUUUUUUUUUUUUAGCAUUUUCGAUCGAAUCUGAAUAAAACACAGCUCAUGAAGCAUGUGAAUGUUCCCUGAAUCUGGGCAGCAUAUUAGCCUUUUCAUAUGCCAAACAAUUUAGAUUAUUAGAUUAUGACACAUUGACACACUAAUAUAUGACAAUAUAUAUAGAAAUACAUUUCAACUAAGAACAGUGAUUAAUGAUGGGUUUCUUGUGAAAUACAAUUCCAGAUCCCUAAUUAGUCUUAUGUCUUAAGGAACUUGGUUAUUACAUCAAUCACAUUACGUUUUCCUACUAAUUUUUUAAUAGCUGCGAGUUUUUGAAUGUUUCAUAUCAUUCAAUUUUCAGCACUUUGUGAUUACAUCUGUUAGUACCGUAAAUACUUUUUUUUUUGUUUUUUUUUUUUAACUUCUGAAAUUCAUUAGGAAUUGAAAAGAGGUACAGAGGUACAGAGGACUCAAAUAACCCAAACCACAGAGGCACUCUAAAGACCUGAAAAGACACACCUUGCCUAAAAACAGAGACAGUUGAACCCCCAACCCACACCACACCAGAGAACAGAGGACACAUUAGAGGAGACUACUUUCAUUGACAAAGAAUUCAAAAAGCCAAGAGGGAUGACCAGUAGCCACAUAAGAUUGCAUUCUACUUUUUUUUUGUUAUAUUUCGUUUUUUUCAAUAUAGAUAUACUACUAUCUCAAGGAAUUUUCUUGGGUCCCAAUCAAAGCUUUGGCUUUACAUGGAAUAAGAUAUGGCUGCAGAUCUGUGUUUAAGAUUUAGUAGCAGAUCUGUUUUUGAUUGUAUGUGCUGUGAUAUUCUUAGAAUUGAAUUCUUUAUAUUAUAUUUAUAUAUAUAACGACACAGAAUUCAUUUUAAUUUUAAAAUUAAAAAAGCAUGAACAUAUAUCUACUGUAUAAACAUAAUGCCAUGCAUCUAAUACAUUUUUCUUCUUCAAAUUCCCUUGACUUAUAGAUUCGUCUUAAUUUUUAUCCUUAAUAUUUUCUCUAUGCUCUUAUAUUACCAUCAUUUUCUAAAAUGAUGCAAACGUUCAACUGGAAAAAAAAACAAAAACUCUUAACCGUACAUAAAUAAAUGAUGUAUCGGGUUCAAUGUACUCUGCUUGUUUAGAAAUAAGCGUGUGAGUCUCUUCCACCUCAAACUAAGGACAUAAAUCUCAUUAAUUAUAUGUUGAAUCUUGGACAUGAAUAUAACGAUAAAUUUUUUUUGGCUUACAACAGUUGUAGAAAGCGAUUUUACUAAUUAAAAAAAAUUGUAAAAAGAAAAUGCAGGAAUAUGAGCAUUAUUUUAAUGCGCAUAAUAACAGGACUUUCCAUUUAAAGCGAAGCUUUUAGAUCGAUACUUGCAGCAAAGCUAACCGUUCUUUCCCGUUUUUUCGGUUUCUAGAUGAUGAUCUCUAUUGCCUCUUUUGUACUGUCUCUUUCUUCUAUCCUUUUCUUUCAGUUCAUCAUGUCAUAUACACCAAACCAUAUUCUAUAGAUAUUAAUCAUUUAUCGCCCAGAAGACAUAUACAUUGAAUGAUAUUUUUUUAAACACAUAUACAUUGAAUGAUUAUAUUUUGUCAUGGACAACUUAAAUUUGAUCAAUGAUUAUACUUUAUUAUUUUGUAUUGAAUUUUCUGUCAUCACCUAUAUUUGAAAUGAUACUGUAGAAAACAAGUGUGAAUUUAUAAAAAAAUGUAAAGUUUUUUGUUACAUAGUUUUCAAAAGUACUUUCACAUUGAUGAGAAACUAUGUGGCACAUUAUACAAUUUAAUUAAAACACUUUUUAGGUUAGAGUUAUAGUACAUAAAGUAGUUUUAUAUAUACGUACAAUGUAAAAGUUGACGUUCCAACUGAUAACGUUUUUCUUUUUAAUUUAGGGAUAUCACGAAUCUAUGAAAUGGUCUAAACUAAUUUUUAAACGGAACUGUAUUUCGCAGAUAAACUCUUUUUUUGGAUAUUCAGAUGGAACGUAAACAAUGAACCAUAUUUGCAUGGACACAUUGAAGUGUAGGUGGGAUGAUCCAACUAACAUUGUUAGAACCAGUCUUCUUCUUCUUAAAAGAAAACAGUCCAAUUAUGUUGAAUUUUGUAUAAAUUAAAAAUUAUUUUACUAGUUAAAAUAUGUUUAAUAGUUGCGCUUAUGUAUAAAUCUAUAUUUGAGAUAUUGAAAUAUGAAUUAGCCGAAACCCUAUUAGGGUUUACUGGAGAAAGAAAUUUGACGGUCACAUGCGUUAGCCAAUGACUCCGCACCGUACACCUUCGCCUGUCUUGCGUAACCCAAAACAUAGUACCAUUUCGAAAUGUUUUUGCUUAACCGGUUGCAGUUUCUCACAAAAAAAUGUUUCUUUUUACAGCUGAUUUGUUAUCAGUAAGAAGAUCCAAUUUUCAAUUUCAAAAGUUUGCAUGAUUUUGAUGUAAAAUCAAUUAAGCGAUUAAAUUAAACAUUUCAUUAUCUAUCCUAUACUAAAAGGAAGAUAUAGUGUGAUUUAAGCCUAUCCACGUAAGCAAAUAUAUUCCCCAAUCAAAACAUUUGGUUAAUACACGUAGGAUACCAGAGGCGUUCGUUUUGGUUUUCUGGGCCGCGUCUUUAUCGUAUAAUUAUAAACAACCAAUUGCGAACAAAUUGCGAGACGGAUAUAGCAAUUAUACAUCCAACCCAUCUAGAUAAACAUGCUUUUUUCAAGCUUGGCGAGCCUCUCCCGACUCUUCCACUUCAUCUUCUCCAAUCUCUCUCUUUUGUUUUUGCGUUAUAAGCCUCUGUCUUUCCUCUCGAUGUCCCUCUCCGUCUCCGAAGCUGCGCUCCUCCUCCUUCGGCUUCAGCUAUUCCUUUGCCUUUUAUAUCUUCCCUCGGAGAUUUGAUCUACCGCUUCCGUCGACAGUAGAAGAUAAGAACUGUCAGGAGAAAGAUGAAGAUCAGAACUCCGCCAGCGGCGCUUCCAGCGAUGAUUCUGAUUAGUUUCGCUGUGUCCUUCUUCUUAGACGGAGUAGGCACUGGUUUCGCCGACGGCGCAGGCGACGGGAUUCGAAUCUGAUCACGGCAGAGAGCGGUGUUUCCGGCGAACAAAGACUCGUAUAUGUACAAGAUGAGAGAUCUUUCACACACAUCGUUUGCUCUUUCAGAUACUGAAACCACAGUCAGCGGAAACAAAUUUGUCAAAUUAAACUCUGUGCAAAAGCUCAUCCAGUGAAAAAAAUACUUAGGGUGACAUUUCUGUAUGAUUUUUUUGACAUAUAAUAUGCUCCGUUCAUGAAUUAGUUAUUGCCAUUUCUUGGCUUUUGUACUCAAGCUGGUUUUAUGAAAUGGUUUCUUUCCGAGUAAUAGUUGACCAAGUCCCUACCUCGAAAUAUCAUAUCAGUAACUUUUCCUUUCUCAUCUCUCUUUCUGCAGUUUAGAUUUAAAAGCAUGUGUUUUUGACAUUCUCAUUGGGUUGUAGCUUAAUAAUUGCAUCUUGAACAACAACGAAAGAGUUAUGUGUUCUGUUUAUUUUUACAUCUUAAUUUGGGGUUUCUAUGAACUUUCAAAACAGGCUGGUGGUUCUGGAAUGGACAUGAGAAGCACAGCCAAGGUAAUCUUUUCAUUUUAUUUACACUUUAAGUUAGCAAAUUUCCUGUAAAAUAGAAUCAAAAUGACAAAGCAUACUGAUCUCUCUUUGGUUUACAUUUACACUCUCCCUGGACCUGCAACCAACCAUCAAAACUCCCAAAAAAGGAACUAUGAUGGUUCCAACACUGGUGAAGCUCCUGGGAAAGACAGUGAGGGACCAUACUACUGCAGUGUUGGAACUGACAAAUCUUUUGGAAGGGACAAUGUUGAUUCUCACUACAAGAAAUGUUUGUAUGCCGGAAUUAACACCAGUGCAGAUCAAUGGAGAAGUCAUGCCUGGUCAGUUGGAGUUUCAAGUCCGCCCAUCGGUUGGUUUUAUGUGCUUUGGGCUUUGCUUUGCAGCGGAUCUACGGUGGACGGAGCGAUGAGUUGAAGAGAAGAUGACAUGAUUAUUUAUAGGUGUAGACUUCGUCGGUUACCAUGGAUGAAUCUUAUCGGUAUUGAUUGGGACAGAGUGGAAGAAGUGGAGUUAAUUGCCUCUAUUAUGACGUCGACUAAUUUACGGCAAAAGACAUUACACAGCCUGGAAAUAAACAUGGCUGGUGUCACCACUCAGAAAUGAGUAGUUAAUGGAGGUGUAGAGAAUCGUAGUAAGGUUAGUGAUGUAUCAAAAGGGAGAGCAUAAGGUUGAGCGAAAAGAGGUGAUAAAGUUGAAGCACAGGUUCAUGGAUGCCCUCUAUAAUUUACUUGAUGGCUCGAGUGAUAAUAAAAAGUUUGAAGAAUGAACAUCAAGCUAUUAUUGGAGCACAGAUCAUAUAUUCUUUGAGCCCUUUUAAUUCUGCAAUUUUCUUCUCUGUUUUUUUUUUAUAAAGAUCACUAAGUGUUUUUGAACCAAGCAUGACUUUCAAAGCCUUUUAGCAAUGUUAGCUUUCAAUAUGUUUCAUAUCCUCAAGCUAUGAUUAAUAACUUAA